AUGGCUUCCACCACAGUCAAUGUUGUGAGGUACACCGCUCUCCUGGGCGGCGUUUUCUACGGCAUUGUCCACCGCCGUUCACUACAAAAGGCACACGACGCCGAGGUCAAGCACCACGCCAUCCACGAGCGCGAGCAUCUGAUUGAGGAGGCGAAGGUGGCAUGGAAGAAGAAGCAGGAAUCCAGCAAAGGCGGUGUGGUCACCAACCCUGAAGACCCCAACUUUGACUUGGAGAAGCUGAUCGCGAAGUGGGAGUCGGAUUCAAAGUGA